CGCGACCGCUUGCAGUCUUCUUCGCUGUAAUCCACCACUGACUACAGGAUUGCCUUUGUUGAGUUUUUCUCUGUUGAUGCGAAAUGGAAACUCUUUGUCGACGCCCAAAAACAGGCACAAUCAUGCAUGAACGACAUACUUCUUGAUGUUAAUGGCUUCGAAGGUGGCAAGUGUUCCUGCUUACUUCUUUAUUUUCUUUCCUCCACAUUUUUGGUAAUCAUAUUAAAUGAAACUAUCAUUCAUUUAGAACAUAGACUUAGGUUAUAAUUCCCUAUAGUUGAAAGUGCUACUGAAAUUCUUUUCAUGCUCUUUUCAUUCAACUAAACGUCUAAACCAUGUCAUUUCUGUCUGAAAUCAUUAGCUAAGUUUGGCAUACACUGCAGUCCCCCAUUUUAGGCUACUUAUGACAUAGUAUACCGGCCCUUAAAGUAGCUACUUAAAUUAUACUGUAAGUUAAUGCUCUUUCCCUCAUCUGAGAAAUCUUCUUUCUGUAUAAUUGCAUGGUAGCCGUUAGUUGGCUAAAUAUUCUAACCUUAGAUUUUUCCUUGCUCUAAUGAUAGCAAAAUGAAGGCUUCAAGUAAGAUUGGUGACCGAUCAACCAGUGAUGUUGUUGUGAGGCUAAGAACACAUGAAGGACGAGAUGAUUGGAUGUACUGCCACUCUCAUAUUCUAGUAGAGAAAAGCAAGUAUUUUGCUGAUCGCCUAUCUGAGAAUUGGCCAACAUGUCAGAUCCUGGACUCACGUAACUGUGUUGAAGUGUACUGCCAAGAGUCAGACUUUGAUCACCAUGUCAAUUUUCUACGCCUUUUAUAUGUUAUAGAUGGUUUAAUGGAUGAUGUGUGGCAUGGUGUAAGAAAUGCCCUGGGCAUUCUUCAUGUGGCUGUUGAUCUUGGGUGCCCGCAAAUCAUUAUUGCUUCUGUUGACUACUUGGAAGCUGUCCCUUGGGAAGAAGUUGAAGAGGAGGAGAUUCUAAGAGUAAUACCGGGCUUGGGAUCACAAGCUCAGCCUAUUCUUGCCCGUGUCCAGCCCGUUGAUCCAUCAGCUAUUGCGGGGGUUUUUCUUUCAACCAUCCGAUUUGCCACAUCAUCACCUCCUCCACCUAUGAAUGAUCUAAAAACUUCAGCCCAAGAGCAGCUUGAAUACAUGAUAACCGAAGAUGAUGAUGCCCCCCUUAUAACAGCUGAUGAUGAGAUAAAAUCUGAGGUCAAUCAAUGUAUGAUGCAACUAUUUUCCAAGUUUAACAAUCUGUUAGAAUCUUUGUCUUGUGAGCCCUUGGAGUCGAUUUCUGAGGUAGGGAAGUUGCAGUCGUUUCAAUCUCAUCUGUCAGACUUAUCAUGGGCUUGUCAAAUAUUGACUAAGUUGGAAAUUAUGAAGGAAUUUGUCAACUGUUGGGUUGAUGUAUCAGAUAAGAUAGUCAAGACUAUUGAGAUUUCAAAUCAAACUACUGACAUGAUUUCAUCAAAGGUUAAGGUUAUUGAGGUGACAGCGAAGGUUUUAGAGGUGAUAGGAUAUGGAACAGUUAUUUUGCCAACCGCUAAACGACUUCAUAUGGUGAAUGUGUGGCUUCCAUUCGUGAGGGUUGUGAAACCCUUGAUUGAUUGCAUCAUGGAUGGUGACUUGUGGCAGUCCUUGGAAUCAACAUUUGUUUCAAUAGUUCUUGCCUUGCCAUCUGUGGACCAGGCAGGAAUUCUGACUGAAUGGUUAGGAAACAAACAUACCCAGUAUCCAGACCUCACUGAGGCAUUUGAAGUAUGGUGUUACAGAUCGAAGGUUGCUAAAAGAAGAUUUGCUGCUAUGCAGGAUGGUUUGGGUGAUGUUCCUCAUACCCUUUGAUCUUUCAUAAUCUUCUAGUUUUACAUUUUAACCUUUUUGGUACCAAUUACCCAUGGACAGCUUGUUCCUCCUUUUGUGUUUUCUUUAAUUUCUUAAACAGCAUUGAAAUGGAGGUAUUUGGUACGAGGUCAUAAUUUUCUCCAUUAUGAAAAUUGAAAUUCUGAAAUGUAUAGAUCAUCUGAUGCUAGGUUUUGCUUUGUUAAGAUUGUAGCUGUAAAGGUCAUAAGUUUUAGUGUAACUCGACUGAGGUGGUACAGUUUGUUAUCUUCCAGAAUCAAGUUAUUCUAUAGUCAAAUUUUCUUCGGCUA